AGGCUCGAUUCCCAGCUUCCUCGUCGCCUCCGCAAAUGGCGUGUGAGGGUCGAAGCUCCGUGUCAGCUUGUUUCUAUCCUGACGAAACCGGAUUAUCAUCCCAUCCGUUUGUGUCACGGAUGCUGCCUGACGAAACCGCAUGUCCAAUUGUGAAUGGACUUGACGAGAACAGGCACAGGUAGGUGGAUUGUUGGAUUUGGGGAUUGGCGAGCAAAGCUGCGCGAGAAAAUCAGCUCAAGAGAUGAGGCGCUUGUGCGUGCUUGGAGCGCUCAGAGGCCGUGCGCUGCUGAGAUCUUCAGCUGCUUGUCAAUCCAGACUUGAUGGUGUAAAUCAGCUUCCAAAAAUUUUUGUGCAGCAAAGGGCUGAGAAAUUCUUUCCACCUAGGCAACGGAAUUUUUUGUGCACGAUGAGCGGGGAAGCAGCGAACGUGGUGUCUGAGGCAGGCAUUGUGGAGGUGCCUCUGGCUCAAACAGGCGAGGGCAUUGUAGAUUGCGAGCUUGUGAGAUGGUUCGUGAAGGAGGGAGAAUGUGUGGAGGAAUUCCAGCCGCUUUGUGAGGUCCAAAGUGACAAGGCCACCAUCGAAAUCACGAGCAGAUAUAAAGGAAAGGUGUCAAAAGUGAACUUUAUGCCCGGAGCCGUGGUUAAGGUCGGAGAGACUCUGCUGGAGAUAAUGAUCUCGGAUGGAGAUGGAAGUUUCAAGCUCGAAGAGAAGGAGAAUUCCCAGCGAGAACGAGAAGUUCUUGCAACACCGGCGGUUCGCAGCUUGGCAAGGCAGCUUGGCAUUGCGUUGAAGGACGUUGCUGGCAGUGGCGAAGCGGGGAGAGUACUCAAAGACGACGUCUUGAAAAUCGCUUCGGUAAAAGAGGCUGUGGAAAGCGAUAUCACCGGCAUCAGCUCGACACCCGCCGAGACUGGUGAAACGGUCCCAGCGGACGAAAUUACCGACUUUGACAAGAUUUCGGCAGAUAGAGUCGAGCAGAUGCAAGACGAUAAAGUCAUCCCAGUCAGAGGUUUCAGGCGGAUUAUGGCCAAAACCAUGGCUGCCGCGGCAGCCGUUCCUCACUUUCAUUACAUGGAGGAGAUCAAUGUGGAUGCUCUUGUCAAAUUAAGAGCUCAUCUUCAAUUACAAACUCGCUCCAAGCUUACUUUCCUCCCGUUUCUUAUCAAAGCACUCUCGCUGACGCUGGUCAGGUACCCCAUACUCAACAGCAACAUCAACCAGGACGCGUCGGAAAUCCGCUGCAAGACAUGGCACAAUGUUGGAGUCGCUAUGGCUACUGAUUCUGGCCUGGCAGUGCCAAACAUCAAGCAAGUCCAGAAGCUUUCACUGGAAGAGAUUGCUGACGAGAUAACGAGGCUCUCAAAGCUGGCCGCGGCCAACAAGCUGACCCCAGACGACGUGAGCAAUGGCACAAUAACCGUGUCAAACUUUGGAGCCAUUGGUGGCAAGUUCGGCUCUCCCGUGCUCAAUCUCCCGGAGGCGGCCAUCCUCGCCGUGGGAAGAAUCCAAAAGCUUCCGAGGUUCAAUGAGGAGGGCCGAGUCUAUCCAGCCUCGAUUAUGAGCGUGACGUUGGGUGCCGAUCACAGGGUUAUUGACGGAGCAACCAUCGCAAGGUUUUGCAAUGAAUGGAAGGAUAUGGUGGAGCAUCCGGAAAAAUUCCUCCUUAGCCUCAAAUAACAAGCUUGAGCUUGUGACCUUGAACGCUUUUUUUUUUUUUCUUUUUCUUUUUCUUUUUCUUUCUUCACGAGAAGCUUGGCAACGUAAAACGUCAGCUCACGAGGCACAUACCAAAACCAUGUCAAUGCUCUCGAGGAUUAAAAAAAGCCAGGCUUAGGAUGAAGUAGAAUAGAAAUGAGAAAGGAAUCUUACAUGGGCGGCUGGGAUUGGCGGCCAGAGAAAA